CACAGAGGCAGACAGACAGACAGACAGACAGCCAGAAGAAACUUUGUCAAGUAGAGAGGGUAAUUAAGAGAAGAUGGAGAACGGAAACGAAUGUGAGGGUGCGGGUAACAAGAUGCACUCACAGGCCACGACGACGGCUGGGAAGGUGAUCAGAUGCAAAGCUGCGGUUGCAUAUGGCCCAGGGCAGCCCAUGGUGGUGGAAGACAUCCUGGUUGAUCCCCCCAAGGCAAUGGAGGUCCGGGUCAAGAUUCUCUACACUUCUAUUUGCCACUCCGAUCUUAGUGCUUGGCGAGGCGAGAACGAAGCCCAGCGGGUGUACCCACGUAUUUUUGGACACGAAGCAUCUGGAUUGAUAGAAAGCGUGGGAGAAGGGGUUACUGAGUUGAAAUCGGGGGACCAUGUGGUGCCCAUAUUCAACGGGGAAUGCGGCAAGUGCGCCUAUUGCAAAUCUGAGAAGACCAACCUUUGCCAGAGAUUCCGGGUGGAUCCAUUCAAGAGUGGGAUGACCGGCGACGGAACCACUCGGUUUUCUACCCAAGACGGCAAACCAGUGUACCAUUUCCUCAACACUUCCACUUUCACCGAAUACACUGUUCUGGAUUCUGCCUGCGUCGUCGCCGUUGACUCUCAAGCUCCCCUUAAGAAAAUGUCCUUGCUCAGCUGUGGCGUUUCCACGGGUCUUGGAGCCGUGUGGAAUACUGCUAACGUCCAAGCUGAAUCUACUGUUGCAGUCUUUGGCCUUGGAGCGGUGGGACUCGCUGUCGUAGAAGGCGCACGAGCUCGUGGAGCGUCUAAAAUUAUAGGAGUUGAUAUUAACCCCGACAAACGCACUAAAGGUCAAGCGAUUGGAAUUACCGACUUCAUAAACCCCAAUGAUCUUGAUAAACCUGUCCACCAGGAAAUAAGGGAGAUGACGGGAGGAGGCGUACAUUAUAGCUUUGAGAGUGCAGGCAACUUGGAAGUUCUCCGGGAGGCCUUUCUCUCCACCCACGACGGAUGGGGUUUGACCGUUGUUUUGGGGAUCCAUCCGAGUCCAAGGUUGCUUCCUCUGCAUCCCAUGGAGUUGUUUGAUGGCCGAAGAAUCGUGGGAUCAGUUUUCGGUGAUUUCAAAGGAAAGACCCAAUUGCCAGCUUUCGCCAAACAAUGCAUGUCUGGGGAGGUGAAGUUGGAUGAGUUUAUUACGCACGAGCUGCCCUUCAACAAUAUCAAUGAAGCAUUCCAGCUGCUUAUUGAUGGCAAGUCUUUAAGAUGCCUUCUUCACUUAUGAAUCCUGCAUGCGUGUUGUUGUUGUUCAGUCACUUUGCUGUGGAUCCACUUUCCACAGCACUCUUUAUUGGUGGAAAACAUGAGGAAACAACUUAUCUUCAGAAUUUUACUUGUGCAAGAAAUUUUGAUGUGACGUUCUACUCUAUCUCUGGAUCUUGCAUCCACAACAUGUACUUUUAGCAUAAUAACAGAGAGAUUUGGUUAAAAUCCAGAUUUUUUUUUU